AUGGUCGACUUCAACCGCUGGCUCCUCGAGGUGCUCGCCGACACGCGCUCCGAAGGCAUCGUGUGGGGCCCGUCGUACGGUGAGAACCCCUGGCUUGCGCUGGAGGAGCGUGAGCCGCAGCCGGAAGACCCGGAGAUCGAGGAAGCCUUCACUCUCGACGCUGCAAAUACGAUUCAGCUGCUCCGGGCGUCGCGCGAGCACUACAUGAUGUGCUGUGACAGCCUCCGACAGACCAACAAGGACCUAACGAUGCAGCUGGAGCACCUCAAGAUGCAACUGAAGGGGGCUCUCUCUCUCGCGUUCGAGUCACAGCGAAACCUGCAGCGUGAGAAGGAGUUGGCAGCGCUGCGAGAGCAACGCCCCGUUCUGAAAGUCCGGUUCGCAGACUACUUGUACAUCACGCAGCAGGAUCCGCGUCGUGGACACCCGAGCCAGGAGAUAGCAAACGCCUUCCGCACGCUGGAAGGUCUCAGCAGUUUAUCUUUUGAGGAAGCUCCAGCUGGUGACCCGACUCCGGCAAAUGAUGUGGACGAAGACGCUAGCGAAGCGGACGUUGAAGUUGACGACAGCAGCGAACCCGAGGACGCCGAGGUGACGACUUCAACCUCGGUUGACCAAGCAGAACCCGUGGUCAAGCCUAUCAGCGGAGAUGAACAGGAAUCGUCCGAGCAACAAGCGACCCAGCUGUUGAAGCCGUUGGACUCCAUUUCUAGUGGCCGCGACUACCAGCAGCUUGUCCAGUUGAACACAAGCGAAGAAGAGAACGGUAGCUGGUACCGCCAAGCACUUGGAAGGCUGAAGACGGAGCGUGACCAACGUCGUCGUCUGCGCAAGCCCAGCAAGAAGACCACUGAAGCUCCAUCUUCUAUGAUGCGCAAAGUUGAAGUGGAAGCCGCUUCGCUCAAGCUUUACAAGCCUCUCGCGUUUAAGGAGCUUGCCGCUACUCGAGACCCGGCUCAUGACGCUAGCGAAUCGACCUGGUACCGCAAAGCGCUGCAACUCCUGAAAGCGGAGCGCAAGCAGCGCGUGAGUCUUCGCGACCGAGCCGAAUCCUUCUCCUCCACGAUCUCUAUCGUCGACUAA